ACGCCGUUCUUAACUCCCCACCUCACAGUCAUCGUCCGUGCUCGACUUGCUCCACCAGCCCACCUCGCCGUGGGGCACGACCUUCCUCCAUGACAUCUGCAGCUCCGACGACCAUGAGGAUGACAUGCUCGUCUGCGCCGCGGCCACCACACCUUUUGCCUCCUCCCCCAAAUCACCGCCGAGGUCCACAUCUGGUCACAUCCCCAGCCGAUCACGCCACCAUGCUGCCAACGGUCGUGCGCCUCGCACCUCGAUGCCACCUCAGCCUUACAUCGCAUCAAAAGCCAUUGAACUCUCGCUCGAUUCGUCUCCGGUCGGACCUCUUCUCUGCCCAAACCCUACCCCCACCAUUUCCCAAAAAUAAUCGUUCGAUCUCCUUUGUGGAAAGUUUCACUUACAGAUCGCUGCAGUAGGCUACUCCAUCAUCGCCUUUAGGGGCUUUGACUCUAGCACCAGGCCCUUCUCCACAGCUAUUAAGUAUGUGAGCACUCCUCAGAUCCGCUACACCUGUGUUUGCCUAAUCUUGCAGCACCUUGAUUCGCCGGAGAACAAGUCGGCCAUGUGGGAGUUCUCGGGGGCGAAUAUGAAGAAGGCCAACAGCAGAGGCGCAAAAUGUUUUCAUUUGACAACGUUGCAAUAAAGGAUAAGAACGCUAGGAAGCUAUAAGCACAGAAAGAAAAAAGCUAUCGAUUCUAUAUUCAAGUCCAAUCCCUUUCUACAAAAUAUGAUGAGAGAUGCAAGAUUGUUGGAGAUGUGGCAUCUAAUCUAACAAUGGAUGAGGCCACUUUCCGUGAUUCCCAGGAACAUAGGUUGGAAAUUUAUUACACCAUAAUUAGGCCGCAAAAAAUUGUCUACAUAUUCAGAGAAGUGCAACAGUGCACACUCCUUUCAAAGACUGAGUGCAGUGAAGAAUGUUCCUAUGCCCUCAGUCAUCAAGAUACAACAUUGGAUCGAACACUCAAAAAUGAUGGAUCAGCAAAAAAGGGUACUAUUAUUGUCUGGGAGAUCUUUGCUUUGAAACACAAAGCAAGACAUUUAGUUCAAUCUCGUCUUCUUCAGUCACCAGUUGCAGUUGUCGCCGUCGCUUCUGCGACAACUGCCUAUGCUGUAAUUACUACCACAGAUGAGAAACCUAGAGAUAUUGUUGUGACAGAUGAUUUUGAUAUCAAGAGAACUCAACCUACAAGUAAUUCCAAAAAGAUCGUUGCUGAAACUGAUGUACUUACUGGACAGAAUGGUAAACUAGCGACCAGAUUGGCAGAAGUUCUUGAUGAAAACUAAAUGAUAGAUUAGACAUGAAAAACUUGCCAUAUGAUGAAUUGGCAAAGAUAAAGCUUUCUUUAUGUUAGUACAUAAUGCUUGAUUUUUGUUGACAAUCUCUCCCUUUUCCCUUUCAAAGAAGCUUAAAUUAGUUCAA